GUUGUUGUAAACAAACAUCCAUCCAACAUCAACAACGCUACCAACGCAUAGCAAAUCACUCGCCAAACACACUCAUCUGCAAAUUAAAGCGAGCUCAUCAUGUCCGAAGACGAUUGGUCGGUAAAUUGCAUCGAUACAGCAGACUGGAUGCCAUCGCCGGAAGAGCUAGAAACGGCGUACUGUGCGCUGGAGAAGGGAACCUACACACUUGAGCUAAACUGGAAGUGUCCCGGACGCAGAGCCCCAUCGCCGGUGAAAAAGGACGAACCAAAGAUUACGGAAACAAUCGACAAAGAAUCUGCGGCCAAGAACAAGGAGUUUGACUUUAUGGAUGAUGUACCGCUACCGCAAAUGCGUGUCCGUGGUCAAACCAGUGGACCGAAAGGGUCAGCCAAGAAGAAAACGACCAAUUUUGCCGGUGUGCUGGACCACAUGAAGAAACAUGGCCGGCUGACACAGUCAAAGGAUAGCUCAGGAUCGUAACUCGAGGGGUAAGGAAACGGGUUACUGGGUUUAUGGGCCGGUAACGGCUGUUUUUCUCAUCAGGCCGAUAUUUUUAAGUAACGUGCGCCCGAACACAGCGAUUGCAAAUAUAGUGACCAUGUGGUCACAACCCGUUGAACCGCGUCAAUCAUUUGCCAUGCCAGCGGAGUGUAUACAGCGUCGUAAGGCUGGUCAAUACGCGGGAAGAAGAUCAGGGGGCAAGGGACAAAUUAAUAGAUCGAUCGACCGUUAAACGACAGUAAACAGUUUAUAAAUAAAAUUUACGACCAAGGUUUUACGCUCGCUGCCAAACGCUCUGGUUCGCAGGAAGAGCCGGCAGGCCUGACCCUCCCCAAAAAUAGCAGGUGUUAGACUAAUAAUUCAACUUACACAUGAUAGUAUUUUAUAUUAAAAAUCCUCUUAGUUAAAACUAGAGAAAAACUA